AUGUUUCGACCAUGGGAAAUAUCAAAUAGUGCAUCUACAAGUGAUGAAAAUAGUGUUCAGCGUAGAAAAAGACAUUUAAGUUCAGACGCUCAAGACAUAGUUUUGAGUGUUUACAAUAAGCUUUUGAAACGCAUGGGUGAUAAGGGAAUGAUUAAAGAGACAUCGGAAUUAACAAACGUGCCUAUAAGAACUGUUAGUAGAAUAGUGUCAACAGGAUCUAAUCAUCUUCCUCGUAAACGAGAACAACCAUUUAUAAUAAAUACGUGUGAAGACACAGAUACCGAUGAAUGUUCUUCAGAGUGA